AUGGGCCUGGGCCACUCUAAGACUCACCCUAGGGUGACCAAAGUAGCACCUUUAAACAAAAAUGGAGAAGAAAUUCCCUCAGCCUGCCCUGUGGACUUCACAUUCAACAAGGAUCUAGAAGAAAAUAGUUUAUAUUCCUUCGACAGACAACACGACCGAACAAAGGUUUUGGAAGGGCAGCUGCCACCCCUCCGAGAGACUUGGUAUGGAAGAUAUUCUGCAGUGCCCAGGGCCAUGUAUUUUGACAUCCCACUGGAAAAGAGAGAAACAAGUAUUAUUAAAAGGCAUCCACCCCGAAGACUGCAAAAGCUUGAACCCAUUGACCUGCCACAAGUAAUUACUUCUGAACUGCUCCUGAGCCAGCAAGAAGCUGGGGCUGCACACAAAGCAAAGGAACUGAAUAAGAAGAUGCAAGAAUCAAUGUAUAUUUUGGGGAAACGCCAAUACUUACAUAAGAUGCAAAUGCUAGAAAUGAACCGUAAAAAACAAGAGGCCCAAAUGGAGUUGAAGAAAAGUCUUCACAGGGAGGCAAAAAUUAAUAUACAAAAUCUGAGACAGCAUAAAACGAAGAAAAUUCUUCAAAACAUCCCAAGGAAUGAAGACCAUGAUCUUUUAACCUGGUUGCCUGAUGAAACAGUGAACCGAAGUCCUGGCAAUUCAUGGAAUGCAGAAUUUUUAGAACAUCAAGCAAAUAAUGACAAUUUUCCCCGAAAAAUUGGCAAAAUGGAAACAUGGUUCCAUGAGCAAGAGGCCCGAGGCCAGCUCUUCUGGGAUGGUUCAAGUUCCGACUCAGAUGACUCAGAAAAAGAUGAAAAGAAGCCAAGAGCUCUGGUGAGGACCAGGACAGAGAGAAUCCCACUUUUUGAUGAGUUUUUUGAUCAAGAAUGA